AUGUUGUCUUUGUUCAAUAACACAGAAGCCAUAGAAUUAAUCUACUCCUUCCUUGCAGACAAGGAAGCCGAGUUCUGCAAAGAUAUGGCAGAAAACUUCUUCAUGCAGCAACAGUACGAUUUAGCAAUCUUUUCCAUCGUUUCUGCAAAGUUGAAGAACCCACAACUUCAUGGUCUCAACAACUAUUUGAACGCUUAUAUGGUGCACAAGAUCGACUCAACGAUUAAAGACGAAUGGUAUGCAGUUCUAGGAAUCAAAGAUCAUGGCGUUGGAGCCGAUGAAAUCAAGAAGAGAUAUAAGGGCUUGGCAGUGAUGAUUCAUCCAGACAAGUGCUCGUCGGUAGCCGCAGAGGGAGCCACCAAGCUCAUUAUUGAAGCCUGGGAGAUUCUUUCUGAUGCAAGGAAAAGAGAAGCCUACGGCAGAUUCGUGAUGAGUUCUUCAAAAAGAUCAAGGAAAUAUGAUUCUUCUUCACCAUCGAAGAGGAGGCGAUAUUGA